AUGAUACCUUAUUCUUCUGCCGGCGUUCAAUCUUGGGGUCAGCCCCUUCACGCCGUUUAUAGCGGUACUGGACGUGCCGACCUUUCGCAGCCCCUGGGUCAACCUGACCGUCAGUCCGAACAGGCAUCUAUGCCGGUGCCGCAAUUACAAGGUAGACCACCGGCACUCAUCGAUCUGACGGCGAAUGACGGAGAUGUGCUGGAGCGCGAACCACCGGCGAAGAGACUGAAAAUAGAUGUGCAUGCUGGGUCAGUGGCUGGUGAUGGAAGCCCAGCUUCUGCAGGUGUGGGAGAAUCAAAGAGUACUCCAAGUACAACAACUUCGAAACCGCCUUCGCUGUCCUGGCGUGCGCGUCCGGUGUGGUCAUUUCAAGCAUUACUCUCUGAGGUAUCUGGAAGCGCAGAGAUCAAUGGUGAAAGUGCAGCAGGUGUAGUGCAGGAUGUGAAGCCCCCAUCACCGCCUUCAUUUCCUGGUCCACCUUGGAAGUUUGCUCCAGCAGAUACCAAAGCAAGUGAUCCCGCAGGAGCACAGGAUGGUGCACCAGCAAAGGAGGUGCAAACUACACCAUAUCAUAUUGAGACCCCUUCUGUUGCACCAGUUAUGGGAGGCGAGAAGGUUGCGGAUUUCUCCCCAUGGAUGGGCAAUCAUCCGGAAGACGUACUUAAUGAGCAAACGGCAAAGCAGGGAUACUACGAUCGCACACAGGUGUCUCAAAAUGAGUCCAAUACAGCUCGCCCCUCCCUGUAUGCGCAAUUGAAGCAUCGCUCUGGCCUGCAAAUACUGUCGUCGGUUUUUGCAGCCGCACUGGAGAAAAGACAGGGCCAUAAUAUGGUCACUGCGCCUUCAACAUUCAAGCCCCCUCCGCGAGUCACGCUGACGGACAACAAACGUGAGGCCUGGCUCCGCGAUCUCGCGAAUCCGAAUGUCCCGUUGCGCAAACUUAGUCGAACCAUUCCUCAUGGUAUCAGAGGCAGAGUUCUUUUAGACCAAUGUUUGACCAAAUGGGUUCCUGUCGGCCGUGCUGUGUGGCUUGCGAAGUGCGUCGGCGCCAACGAAAUCCGUGCUUUCAAAAGGAAAGGUACCAGUGGGGCAUUGGCUAUUGGCCUGGAAGCUAAAUGGGUGCGCGACUGGACUGCCAAUGUCCAACAGUUUCUUGAAGGUGUAAUCACUAGUUGUGGAGAGGCAGACUGGAAGAUGAAGAUGACUUACGCGGUCAGCUUGACCGCUCGUUUGUUCUUUGAGCAACUGCUUGACCAUGACCAGUAUCUCGGUUGGUUCCUCACAUCGCUGGAGGCAGCGCCAUUUAACACUUUGCCAGUCUGGCUUCUAAUGUUAGGAAUCUACUGGAGCAACAUACUGCGAUAUAGGAAGCGAGGACGGCGGCUCGCUGAACUCUUGCUUGACAAACUACAACUAGCUAUCAAGUCAGAUUCGGCCACAUCCCUUCGCCCGUUGACAGACCGAUUGUCACUGCAUAUCAGAAAACUAACUCUUGAGCAUACUUCAUCCAUGGUGCUUCCACAGUCAUGGGAAAAGUACAAAGAUCUCCUAUCGUCCUGUUUGAACCUAAACGACAAUGUGCACAGAGCGGUCUUUCAAAACUUGGCUGAGCGAAAUGCGCGGGUGCAGAGGCCUCGGAAAUGUGAAGAGACAACACAACAGCCGCCACAGCAACGCAUCAUCCAACUGUUCGACUCGAUAGGCUCUUCGCACGACAUCACAUCUGUUUCCGCUGCAUCUCUGGGUGCGAUAGAUGACAAGGCUGCUCUGGUCCUCAAACUGCUCGAGUGGGCAGCGACUCCGUUUCGCUAUGGUGUAUCUCGUGUUUAUACCGGCGCCCGCCUCCUGCGGAAAUGGAAGAUCGCUGGAGUCGAUGUGGAUACCUACAUCAUUUCCUUUCUUGGCGAGAGUCAGAUGAGAGACCAAUUGAACAUGGACAACAUCUAUCAUAUCGUCUCUGAGCUCGUCAGAUCCCAGACAUUUUCGGUUGGAAAGUACCUUCAGUGGCUGAUGGCAAAGGGGGUUGCAGAUUUUCCCCGAAACUCCGACCAUCGGCCCCUUUCGGGGGACCUUGCACUUCUCAUGCAGCUCCCUGUGAGCCGCCUUCCUGAGCAUGUACACAACCUCCGUAACACUCUGCUGCAUCGCGCCGGAGUCGAAGUGCCGAAAGAGGCUUCUACCAUCGCCAUACUCAAGGCAUCAAUAGCCGAACGUCUCCCAAGGAUCUUUGGUUCUGCCGCGGCAAGUGCAGUAUCCCGUGGCCCUUUACCGUCAGAUCUGACCUGGGCCGUGAAAUCUGAGCUUGGUCAGUGGAUUCGGCGUGGAGUUACUGAGUUUGGGCGGGAUCCUCGUGACGCAUUUCGGGAGCUCCAUUUGGACCCUGGCGCAGAGCACUUCGCACUCACCCCUGGCGAAUUCUAUACUGUAAGGGAUAUUUUGGAAAGUUUCGGCGAUCUUUCAAUUCUUGCGGACGUACUCAAGCAGGUCACCGUUUGCAAUGACGGAAUUGUUUUGGCAUCCGCUGCCGAUACAGUCAAUUAUCAUUUCCGUUCUUUCUGUGUUAUCGGUGCUACAACCGAUCUUUUCAAGAGAUUGGUAGAGUCAUAUGCCCGUCUCAAACGGCUUGGAUCGACCUCCUUGGACUUGAUCUUCUCAUUGAUAGACCUUGGGCUUCGGUUACCGGGAGAGCUCAAUACAGUUGCUCUUCUCCGUCAGGACCUCUCCCGGAUUGAAAGCAAAUCAUCUAUGGCAGCACCAUCACCACUGUCCGAUCACAUACCCUCUUCUUUCAAUGAAGCCGAUCCGCUUUUUCUGUUGAAGCUAGACCAGCUCCUCUCGUCCGCAAGUGGUAUAGAUGAGUCCACGUUGGAUACGAUUUUUAACCUUCUCGUCAAACAAAUAGAAUCCAGCGGUGGCCAUGCUAAGCUCUCGGUGAAUGAAACAUGCAGGUAUUUGUCGUACCUCAGACCUUUUCAUCCCAAGCGUUUCGACAUCAUGAUAGUCCGCUGGAUCUGUGGCCUUCUCAGAUCCACCACCGGAGGGAUACUGUCCCAAAUCCUGCCUCCUUUGAUCGGCGUUGGAUGCGUUACCAUUCAAGCCUUCGUGUUCCUCGUACGAAGGCUUCUCAAGUCCGAGAAUAUGAUAUCCAACCCAAGAGACUUGCGCAUAGGGCUUCUUCAACUUCUUGUACCUCCACCGGCAGGCCAGAGUCGAUAUUUCGACAUGGUCACAUAUCGCUUCCAUCUGUCACGGAAAGAAUUUUUGUUCAAGCACCCUGAGGAGGUUUUCGACAUUAUUCGGGAUGCUAUCGCCUUGAUUGAUUCGCAAAGCCAAGAAAGAGACUUUUGUCAGGGACAAGUGGAUCUAGGUCACAGUGCGAUGGUACUCCUUCAGAUUUUGCUCACCAAGAAUCCAGAAAGUGCUGUUCAGCACUGCACAGAGAAACUGAUUGGUCAGCAUCCGUCUGCAGUGACAGUUUUGACAAGAGCGCUUGAUUUCCUUCUGGGAUUGGAUACCAAAGCAGCGCCCCCAGACAUAUCUGUUGCUGAGAAGGUCAUCGAACUGACCAACGAUUUCUCCCUCCCUUUCUGUCAAUUGAAGCUUCAGCUUCUAUUCAACGCGGAGACUAAGGGUGAUGUGAGAAACGAGAUAGUGGACGUGAUGUUCAAAGCUGCAGUUGCAGACUCUCGCUCAAGACGAUCCAACUGGGUGGGACUGGUUCGUCUCAUGAGUCAUGAUGCAAUCCAACAGAUUCGAGAACGAGCCGAGAAAAAUUUCUUCGCUAUACCCUUGUUUGAGGAGUCACCCGAUGGCUGUUCGUCAAUUGCUGCAGACAACAGCAGCUCACUCGAAACGGCGAAACUGUACCUGACGAUCAUCGAGAAGCUGGCGUAUAGCAUUCCCGAUGUGGGCCCACAGGCUGUUGUCCCUGUCCUCACCGAGAAGAUGGAUUUACUGCUCCAAAGACUUAUCAGCAUGCAAGCGAACUACAGUGGUACUACUGAGCUUAGUCAUGGAGUUGACGCAGAACUAAUGAUCCGAUCACGCGCGCAGUUCGAGAGAGCCCUUGCGUUCUGGUUCUCUGCGUUGCUCAGGAUGAUUGUCCUUCAUCGGACUGCUUUCAGUGUGCCAUCAGCCGCACUCAGACCCAGCGCAUUGCCAGAGCAAACGCGCUUGCUGAUAUCGAUAUUCUGCAUAACUCUCGCGCGUCUUCCAGAUAGUGUGCUGCGACUCUUCCCAGCGGCUGACUACUUUCCCCACUCAAUGAGGGCAGGAGACUGUCGUCCUUGUCCGGGUAUCCUGCUGCAGACGCAUGCCCUGGAUGUUGCAGCAUCCCUGAUUGAUACGUUUCCUGACGAAGCCCGUCAUCAAUGCGCUCGCUAUCUGAGGGAGAAAUGCCCUCCUUUCGCUCGGGUUCAGAAUGACUCGCGCUUCCUCUACCUUCUUGGUCCCCUUGGCGAUAGCCCAUCUUCUAACCUUACACUUCCUGUAUCCAUUCCAUCACCUGCUGCUUCUGGUUCCACUCCCGCCCCUACUCCUUCGGGUAAUCCCCCAGGCGGGUUCUCUCACCCCCAACAACCUGCAUUCGUUUCAGGUGUGCCGACUGGACUGCCAGAUGGCUUGAACUGCGCUGCUAGCCAUCUUUGUCUUCAGUACCGUGGCCGGGCCAUUGGAGCUUACCCUGUACGUCCAUGGGAACUCCUCGAAGAUGCUGCUCCCGUUGCUGGUACCAACGACACUGCAGUCAGUCUAGGAUACUUUGAUGCCCGGCGUGUCAGGGUCUAG